AUGGCCCAUACGAUCCUAGAGCUGGAUGUCAUGCGGUUCGGGACCAAGGAAAACAUCAUUAUCUACGUCGACGGAGUCCAGGCAGAGGAGAAGGAGUUCACUGUUCAGAUCCGCCAAGAAGCUCGGGAGAAGACCACUAAGCGAUGCAAAGAAAGUGUGGAUGAACUACAAAGACGGAUCGAUAACAACCUCAAGUAUAUGCAGGACGAGGGGUGGAACAUUCAGCGACGCGAGACGGAAGCUGAUGUUGUGAUCGCUCGGGAUUGCAGAUCUGAUGAUAUUGUCGUGUCUGCGGAUAGCGAUAUGCUCGCGUACCCAUCCGUGUCAACCUUGUGGCGCCCGAUUUCAAAGAACUUGAUUCUGAUCUACAAGAUAUCGGAUAUCUGUGAGGUUCUCGAUGUGUCCAGGAUCCAACUCACGGCCCUCGCUGUUGCCUCCAACAACGACUACGGAAAAAAUAUCUACUCUCUUGGACCGGCGACCAACUUUUCGAUUAUCAAGACGAUCAAGAAACAAGAUGUGCGACAGACGGUGAAUGCAUAUUUGGAAAACUCCAAGGUCGUUUUAAAGAACACAGACAACAGAACACUUGAACUUGCACUCAGAGUCUUUGUUGAUCUUCAACAGACGCCUGUCAGCGAUCCUCGCCCUUUGUCCGGCGUCUCGUCCUACAGUGAACUUUACAAACGACUCAAGGAUCUUUGUGCCAUGUACCAGGAGAACAAGGAUUUUCGCGCACAACUGCAACCAAGUACUCGCAAGGAUCAGAUCAUCCGCCUCCGCUCCUCGCAGUCUUUCAUUCGAUAUAGGACAGUUGAGUCUCCAGCUAUGUUGAAGCCUGGCCUUGGGUCGCGCUUACCACAGCCGCCAUCACCGCAACCAUCCUCAGCACAACCACAACAACCUGCACCGAAUCUACAGGAUAACCCUCCGACCACAUUACCGUCUCAGGAGUCAAACGGUCACCCGCCGCUUCCAAGGACGCAACUCCCACGAAAUCACCAUCGUUACUCAUUCAAGACGAGGACAGGGGCAACAAACCCCCCACCUCCAGUCAAGAUGAAGCUCUACAAGUUCAAGCCUUACAAGGAGCCUGAAGCAAAAGACGAGCUUGAGCCCUCCAGCGACGAGCCCAAGCCCAAGCCCAAGCCCAAAUUCAAAACGUUGUCCGAUUCGAGUGCAGCCACCCGCAAGCUCGCUAUUACACGGUUAUUACAAUACCAGCACCCAACGUCUACUUUGAACGUCGGUACUCUAUCCGCUAACCUCAGACGAGCUCUGCCAAACGACGGUACCGUUCAACAGGAAGUUGCCCUCUGUAUCCGAAACGCUGUGCGCGAGGCUGCCAGGAUCAAACGACAAGGUCAACGAGUAACGUGGAGAUCCAAGAGGAGGUAUCUGCUAUCGAAAACUACCUCGCGAUCAACAAAUUGA